ACGAGACUAGUGACCAUUUGAGACCGUCAGUGAGUGAAAGCGGUUACACGCCUACUCGGAAAAGCAGAUCAUUCAUUUAUACUCUACAAUCAGGUGUUAAAUUAUUUUACCAGCGAUCCAUCCGCAGUAUUUGGACGCCUACUUAAGUGUUUUAAGCGAAAAGAUUAAUAGUUUCUGUGGCACAAUUACGGAACAUGAUGACCAGCACACUCAGCCAUAGUUUACAACAGAAAUGGUAUCGUUGAGCAUUUUUCUGCCUCUGGAUCUUUUUUAAACCACCUUUUUUUCUUACACUUUAGCAGGUCAGAGUGGUUUUGGCACAUUAGUAUGCAUGCUCGAGGAGCAACAUGUCUUUGUGCAUGAAUGCUGGGCAGUCAUAACUGAUCUGGGGAAAAACAAGGGGAAACUCCCCCUCGGAAGACUUCUGAACAAUGACCGGACCAAGCGCCACCAGCAGCGGCUCAACGGUCAAGACCAGCAGACACGGUCGGUCCAAGAGCACCAGUACCUACUGUCACACUACCGGUCCGGCGACUGAAUCCACCUCAUCCACUGCCGCGAACAACACCGGCAGGUCUUCCGGUGAGGAAGAUGAGAAAGACGGCGGGGUACCGUUUUUCGUGAACAGGACGGGCUUUCCCAUAGACACUGUCACCUGGGAGAGAAUGUGGUCACACGUCACCAAAGUUCAUCCCGAUGGACAGGAGAUGGUGGAUAGAAUACGAAAUGCAACACACCUCCCUAAACACCCCGUACCAUUGGUUCCAAACUUUAAGCCAUCGAUGUCUGUGCCUGAUUGGCUCCAUGCCGUCCAGAACUACAUGAGAAACUUGCAAUACAACCAUACGGGAACGCAGUUCUUUGAGAUUAAAAAAACCAGACCUCUGAGUGGGUUGAUGGAGACCGCCAGAGAGAUGAUACGAGAAUCACUUCCCAUCAAAUGCCUUGAAGCAGUUAUCCUUGGAAUCUACCUAACCAACGGUCUUACCUCUGUGGAACGGUUCCCCAUCAGCUUUAAGACCCAGUUCUCCGGCCACCACUUCCAUCAUGUGGUGCUGGGCGUUUACUUUAACGGCCGAUAUGGCACUCUGGGUAUGAGUCGACGUACUGACCUUAUGGACAGAUCUCUGAGCUUCCGUACGCUCAGCGAGUUGGUGUUCGACUUUGAGGACUCGUACCGCCGCUACCAGCACACCAUGAAGAAGAUCAAAAUCGGCCUGUACGUGCCCCACAAUCCGCACGUUUUCCAGCCUAUUGAGUGGAAUUAUCUUGUGAUCAACGCUUGCAAGCAGAGCUGUGAGGACAUGCGCAAAGAGCUGGAGAAGCAUGGCCGUGACAUGAGGAUGAAGAUCCUCAAGUCAUCCAGUGCUCAGUCUCCAAUCAAAGAACGAACCCGAGGGAAGUCUUUAUCACCACGCCGCCGGUCAGGCAGCAGUCCCCAAAGACGCCAGCAUGCCCACAGAAGAGACAAAUCGCCUGCAGCACUGGACAGAAAGCCGGCGGAGCUCAGCACCCUCAGUGAUGGCUACCAAAUUCGGAUCUGAGACACUAAACAUCAACAGCUUUAUCCUUCACUAUCAGAUCCACAGAUGAUGUUUUUAAACACUAUUUAAUGCACAUUUUGAACUGUACAGCAUAUUAAACAUAUUUAUUGUUGUACUUUAGUGUUAGAGGGAAAUCGGGUGCCCUUUUGUUUUUAACAGAAUAUGAUAAUCCUUUACACACCUUUUUAAAUAUUGGAAAGUGUGAAGGAUAUCAAUUUUGCUUUAAAUUUUUUUUUUUUUUUUUUACCUAGUAAUUGUCAAGCAUUUUAGAAGACAAAAAUUUGACUGAAAUAUUCAAGCAAAUAAGGAAAAUACUCUGUUUUUGGACCGAAUCUCCACUAGCGGUGAGAGCUGGAGUGUGAAUGGAUUGUGCUUGGCAGAGAGAUGUAAACCUCAGUGCCUCGUGCUGUGCUGCUGGUAGUUUUAGACACUGACUGGCCCGGAGGAGAAGAGAGGACAUGAGCAUUUUUCACCAGAAGUGUGAGGACACAAGGGACCUAAGCUUCAGAGACCUACUCAUUCUGCCCCAAAGAACUGUAUUCAAUCCACUUCAUUUUUUGUUACCUUCAUACAUGAUAUGGAUGGGAUGGACAUAAUUUAUUGACUAAGGUUUGACGUUACCUUACAUUGAAGGCUUUGUACUGUUUUUAUUUUCUUCAGCAAGAGUUAAUUUUUUUUUUUUUUUUUAAGUAUUUAAACAUUUCUUUUUCUUGUUUUUACAGGUUUAACCAGGAUAGUUUUUUUUUUUUUUUUUUUUUUUUAAACUGAAUCGCUCAGAGGUGUGAAAGUUGAUGUGCUAUUGAUUGACCCAUCCGUUACCCAAACUUCACUAUGAAGGGCCAAAAACCUAACUUUAAUUGAAGGCCAUGGGUCAGAACUAAAUGCUGUAUUAUAUAUGCACCUAUGCUAUAUUAAAAUUUACAUUUUUAAAAAUCAAAUUCACUUACAUUCUCUACAAUGCUAAACUAGAAAGAAAGAAAAAAAGAUCAAAAUGACUAUAUGCUAUUAUUUCUUGUUUUCCCCCAGUUUCCUCCCUCUUGUGACAUGACAUGGCUGGCCAAGUCAAAGGUCAUCACAGGCAAACUUUGACCCAAGGGUCCUGGUCUGGGCAUCUCUGUCCUAAAGGGACACGGUGACGGAAAAAAAAAAUGCAAUGCUUUUGCAUUCUUAGUCUUUUGUGUUCAAAAACUUAAGAUUUUUCGAUUUUGCACAGGCAAAAGCACUAAAAUAUCAUUUUAAUAUGAAUUGGGAGGAAAACCGUUUCUUAAGAGAAUGCAAACAUUUUGUGAGGGAACCCAAAAGCAUUGAAAUGAGCCAUUUUUUUCAAUUUCAAUUUUUUUCAUCAUAAGGCCCCCUUAUAGGACCCCAUGGGUUCUAACUAUAGGACCACGACUGCAGUCAUUCAAGUAUACACAAAAUAUCAUCUGUUUAUCGACAGCAUAUCACUUGAAUUUUCUCACCUCGUGAGAAUAAGCUAUGCACAUGAAGAAGUUCUGUGGAUCCGUCCUUUUUGACAGCAGACCUGUCUUUAAAAUUGUAAUGGUGACAAUGUUAGAAAUGCUUCACGGGUUGUAUGAGCGGUUCCUCUCUGAACGAUGUUUUUUGGGUGCUGAUGUCUAAACUACCACAUUAUAGCUCAUUCUGCCUUGUAAUUGGUACCAGCUUUCUAUCAAAAGCUACUGAACCACACAAGUGCCAGACCAUUGAAUACGUCCAAUUCAUCCUUAGGGCUGAGGGUUUCAAGUCACUUGAAGAUAUAAGGUCAUGAGUUUCAGUGACAAAUCUAAUGCACCAAGUUGAAUUGCUCUUUAUGGAAGAGAAGUGGUCUGCUGCUAAUUUGGCAUGCGAAGAACACCAUAUUGUUACAGAUUUUCUAUCAUUUAUAACUUGUUUGGUAACUGAUCAGAUGUGUGAAAUUGUGUGUGAACUUUUUAUGGCAGAUGACGUCAAGUAUUAGUUGUUUAAAAAUGGCUUUCUGGUUUUAAGGAAAUGCAUUGAUUUUUGCUCAAAGGUGCUAAGAUGAGACAUUUUACCCAUUAUUAUAAAAUUCAAUUAUUUUAGUAUUGACUUUUUGGAUGAUUUAAGAGCACAUUAAACUGAUGUUUCUGUAGCACAAUGAUUAGGAACUGAAUUUCAAUAUACAUGUUUAAUGGUAUGUAUUAGCCUUUCAAAAAAAUACAUACGUGAAAUGUAUACUCAUGAGAUUAUAGAUGCUUUUGAAGAUGUCUAACACGGGCUUGUCUGAAAAUACAAUCACUUUUGAUGAAUGAUAAGUAAUCCAAAUUUUAAGGGAAAUGUUUUUUUUUUCUUAGUAAGAAUGUUAAUGAUGUGAUUUUGUUAUGAUGAAGACCUUAACUCAAACUUAUCCUCAGUUUUCUGUUCAUAUCUUUCGUAUUAUAAAUGUAUUGUCUAAAUAAGGACUUUAUAAAAUGCAAUUAAACCCUCAACUGUUUUUACACACACUUUUCCUAAGCCUUACAGCAGCUUGCACCUUCAAUCCUCUUUUCUGUCAUAAAUUCAUGUCUGGGUCGCCUCAGCUGAGAAAACAUUAAUGUAAUUUGUUCAUUCCUCUGUAUAGCAUGUUUUAAUAAAACAAUGUUUUUCUGUAA